AUGGUGUCUUAUGCUGUAGUAAAGCAGUGUUCAAGGCCAAUCGCAGAACUGUUUUCGCCGUCGGAAUCGCAGGCAGACUUGCUCUUCUUGGUGGCCAAGCCUAUCAAACCUACUGUCUUUGAAGAGGAAACGGGCCGCUACCAGUACAAUAAUCAACUUGAAGCCAAUGUUCCGGCCAUGACUCUUUGGAAAGAUCCACACCCUACAAUAAUGAAGCUUACUCUCGUUACAGCUGUCUUAGUUCAGGCUGUGGCAAUAUCAGCGGACGUAGAGUACUGCAGCAGCUCUGCGUUUACCCUGCCGUCUAAUUAUAAGUGCAGCAACCGAGAGGGGCGUACAGGGACAUACUGUUGCCAUUUCGCUGCAGGCGGUCCGUACGUUGAUGAAAAGCUAUGCGCGCACCCUCUGGACAAGAAUGAUGAGCAGGUCAGCAUGAGUUGCAUCGACUCAAAAGGCUGCCUGGAACAGUAA